CUUUAGACUGGCAAACCUGCUUUCAAAGAGACAAUCGCAGUAUACACACGCCGAUUUGAAUUUCAAAACUUGCUUGCCGUCAACGGUUAAUGGUGAUUGUUUGGAUGUGAAUUUGUGAAGCUUGCAAUAAUGCUUAACAAAAAACACUUGGCGAAAGUAUUUUCGCCGAAUAACGCCAUAAAGGGCACGAAAAAGCCAUUGACGAUAAAAGGAACGAAACCGAGCACAAGUGGAAGCACAACAUUGAACAUACAAGCCCAAUCUGGAUCGCAAACGAGUAUUAAGGUAAUUGUAAGAGUCCGACCGCAAAAUGAGCGUGAACAGCAAGCCAAUUGUAGAAACAUAGUUAAAGUUUUUGACGAUAAAAUGUUAAUCUUUGACCCGAAAGAAGAGGAGAAUCCAUUUUUUUAUCAUGGUAUUGCUCAGAAGGGCAGAGACUUCCUUAGGAAGCAAAAUAAAGAACUACAGUUCAUUUUUGAUAAAAUCUUCAAUAUGGAUUCAACUAAUAGCGACGUAUUCGAAGGAAGUACUAAAGAUUUAAUUGCUAGUCUAUUGGAUGGAUAUAAUUGUUCUGUAUUUGCUUACGGAGCCACAGGUGCUGGUAAAACUCACACAAUGCUUGGUAGCAAUGAAGAUCCUGGUAUCACCUAUAGAACAGUGGCAGAAUUAUUUUCUCAAAUAGAAAAACGAGGUGAACAUCGCGAAUUUAAUUUAGGUGUAACAUAUUUAGAGGUGUAUAAUGAGAAUGUACAAGAUCUUUUACAUAACUCUGGACCUUUACAUUUAAGAGACGAUGGCAGAUAUGGCAUUAUAGUUGCUGGUCUCAAGAUAAUUAGUAUUCACAGUGCUGAAGAAUUAUUAUCUCUUUUAGCAAAAGGUAAUAAAAAUCGUACUCAACAUCCUACCGAUGCGAAUAAAGAAAGCAGCAGAAGCCAUGCUGUGUUUCAAGUUUACAUUAAUAUUACCAACAAACUAGAUGGUCAAGUAAGGCAAGUCAAAUUAUCUAUGAUAGAUUUGGCUGGAUCCGAAAGAGCUUCUGCUACAGGAUGCAAAGGGGCAAGGCUUAAAGAAGGUGCAAACAUUAAUAAAUCUCUACUAGCUCUUGGAAAUUGUAUCAACAAUUUGGCUGAUGGUGCUAAACAUAUAACUUACAGGGACUCUAAACUGACACGAUUAUUGAAAGAUUCAUUAGGUGGAAAUUGUCAGACAGUUAUGAUAGCUAACAUUGCACCCUCCAGUUUCAGUUAUGAAGAUACCUAUAAUACUUUACGAUAUGCAGACAGGGCAAAGAAAAUAAAAACGCACAUAAAAAAGAAUAUUAUAUCUUGCGAAAUGCAUGUAACAGCGUACAUAAAAAUGGUAGAAGAACACAAGAAAGAAAUAAGUUGUUUAAAGCAGAAGCUACUAGCCUUUGAAAGUGGUUCAGUGGAUCCGUUGUCAACGUCUAAAGAAGCAAAAGUAGAUACAGAAAUGGAAAAUAAAUUGAUCCAGUUACUUCAGAAAAAGAAAGUCCUAAAUGAGAAGAUCUUGUCCUUAGAAAGUGCUGAUAAAAUAUUAUGUUGUAGAAUUCAAUAUAAAAAAGCAGCUGACGAGAGGUUGCAUAAUCUUACAGCAACUAUCGAUACCACCAGUUCCGAAGAACAUAACGCUAGCGGUAAAUUACGGGUGAAUAAGUCUUUGCAAUACUUUGAACGACAAAGAAAUUCUUUGAAAGUACAAAUAGAGACAACAUGGAAGGAAUUAUGCUCUUGCGAAACAGAGUUGCAAAUUUUAGAAACUGAAAUCAAGUCACAGAAACUUGAAAAGUUCGGGAAUAUACUUGCUUUAAGAACUUGUGAAAUAGAAAAGGCUAGAUUGCAACAGCAAUACGAGCAUGUACGAAAGAUCAGCAAUCUCCAACAAUGUGAGAUGCAAUCUAAUAAUUCGAUAACUAAAAUGCUGAGUACAACAUUGCAAAAUUAUUACAAUGCGAUGAGUAAUAACGGGGCAAUGACAGAUGCGAUGCAGGACGAAUUUAAACGAGUAAUUAAGUCGUUGGAAGGUGUAAAAAACAUCAAAUGGUCGGACUCAGAAACGGUCGAUCAUGAAGAACAGUUUUACAACAUGACUUGUCUCCUUAGUACAUCGGAUUUGGUAGAUCCUCUCAAGAGUAAAGCACCGACGUAUACGACAUAUUCUUUGGAUGAUCAAAAUAUAGAUAAAUGCUCCAAAGAUACCUUAAAUACAACUUUUCAAGCAUCCAGUCCCAAUGCAGAUGAUGUCUUUGAUACCCCCCAUAAUGCAACUAUUACUUUGUUAGAUAAUACAAAUACGAUUUUCAACGAAAAUACAAUAAAAACAAAUGCAAAUACUGAAGAAGAACAUAAUAGAAGUAAUUGCAUUCGGGAAAAGGUGGGAAAAAGGGUUUUAGAUGACAAAAAUCUUGGAGAUAACAAAACACCAAUAAAGCAACAAAAGAAAAUAUCCCCGAAGUGCAAAAAUACGCCAGAUACAAUAGCAUUUAAAGGUAAAGAAAAUAAACGCGAACAAAAAUCGCACACUGUAAUGAGCGCAAGAAGUAUUGCUGCAUUGAAUAAAUUGAAAGCAGAAAAACUUAAGAAAGAUAGUUUGGAUGUGAAUGCAAAUGCAGCAGCCUUCAAAGUAAUGAGAGGAAAGGAAAGGCGUGGGUUAAUGACAACACAUCCAUACCAGAAACCAAAUGGAAAGCAAAAAACCACUCCAGCUUCAUCUUCAGCUCAAGUACGAUGGUUGUAGGUAAUUGAUACCAUACCGCGAAAUGUAUAUGAUUAUUUAUAUUUGUGCCAGUAAAUAACCUACGCAGAGAACUGGCUAAACAGUUUAUAUUUGUAUCACGGUAUAAGUCCAAAAGUUAUUAGUAUAGUAUUGCCUUGUAUUUUUAUAAUAACGCUUAAGCAACGUUAUUUGAAGAAAUGUAGUUGUAUUUUGUAAUAUGUCUAUUUUUAUGAUAAAAGAGACUUCAUAAUUCACGCUGUGCGUCCAGUGGACAGUAUUUUAAUAAAUGAUUUGAAAGACUGAGUAUGAAGUGAAUAAAUAUAAUAAAUGAAUUUCUCAAUUUAAA